AUGAACAACUAUCACAUCUACGAGGCAAUCGGCCGCGGGAAGCACUCGGUGAGCUCCCUCUCUCUCUCCGGAUCUAGGGUUUGCGUUCGACAGGAGGUUGUCAGCUGCGGUUUUAGUUCUGGUGGGAAUCGGAUAAAAAUAUCUGACGUGCACGUUCGCGUGUUAGGUUGUAUACAAAGGCCGGAAGAAGAAGACAAUCGAGUAUUACGCCGUCAAGAGUGUAGAAAAGUCCCAGAGGAGUAAGGUCCUACGUGCGGUAAGUCGCAUCUUGCGUUUGUGAACAUCGUCAUGAUAAACAUCCUGUCUUCUACCUUCGCGGUCGCCUCUACAAGCCGUGGGUAGAAGGAUUGUCUUGGGGCCGACUCAUUUGCUCUGAAUCAGUUACUAAGCUGAAGUGUAUCCCCAAAUUACUUGCUUAUUUUUAUUAUUUUCAAUGAACAUCUCAACUAUGACCCCGUUAGAUUCGCGAUUGAGACAGGAAAAGAGCUAGGAGAUGAUGCAGUGGAAGAACCUUAUCCUCCUUUGCACUGAUUUGUACAUUUAACAUUUUGGUGUCGGACAUCUUUCCCUAAAUGUUCUCUUAUGGUUGCAGGGUAAAAUCUUGCACAAAUUAGACCAUCCGAAUGUACUCAAGUUUUAUAAUUGGUAAGAUGUGAGGUCUUUCGCCAUAAUUCUCAUGACCAUGCUCUCUAGGGAGGUUGUUUAUUAAAGUUUCCAAUUCCUGGCAGUUUUCUAUCUUACUUUUUUAUUUUUUUAUACUUAAAUAACGUUUUAUAUUUCUCAACACUUUGGUGAUGGACAAUGUAGGUAUGAGACAUCUGGCCACUUGUGGCUUAUCUUGGAAUAUUGCGUUGGUGGGGAUCUCAUGAAUCUACUGAACCAGGUAUCACGAAUGCAUUAACAUUUUUCAGCUGGCAUAAGUUCAGAAGGAAAAAGUGCAAAAUAGGUUACAGUAAUGAUGGCAUCAAUGAUCAGUAUCAAGAACACACUCUUUAGAUUUGGAAACAGUAGAAGAUCUCUGAUAUUUUAGUGCAUUCUUAUCUAUGAUCCCAGACAGGACACUUCUGUGCAUGUUCCUACUGCCCUACUUCUCUUAUCUAGUCAGCAUGCAACUGUCUAUCUCUUUUGGUAUGAUUCUUCUUUCCCAUCUUACAAGCGAUAGGUUGAACAAUUGAUAGUUGUAUUGGCAAAAGACACUUAGUUGGCAUUUUUUAGGUACAUUUCGUUUUUGAUAUGGUAUACUUUCUACGGGUGCUUCAUCCUAAUCACUGCUACCUAGCUGUAAUUUUUUUGGCAAGUGCAAUGCCCAUGUAUAAGAUCAAAUCAAUUCAAGUUUACUUUCUGUUACGAUUUACACCAGAGGAAAUGCCUUUAUUGAUGUAACAUUAGUCAAGAAAUGUUAAAAGAUAAGUGUUUCUCUUCUCAUUUCUUUCCAGUCUCCGUCUAGGUUUCUCUUAUCUUUGCGUUGCUGUUUCAGGACAAACGACUUCCCGAAGAUUCUAUUCAUGAUCUUGCCUUUGAUCUUAUCACAGCUUUGCAGUAAUGAACUAUCAGCCUUGGCCCUCGUACUUUAAGAUGACCCAGUUUUAUACAUCAACAUUCAUAAUGCCGGAACCAUGCAGGUACUUGCACUCAAAGGGUAUUCUCUAUUGUGAUUUGAAACCGUCAAACAUAUUGCUUGAUGAAAAUGGACGCACCAAGGUAUCCUCUUCGAUUUCCUUGUCUCUUUCUCCUCUUCUAAUUCAAGAGCAUGAGUUUUGCACGGGGUAUACUUGAAAUUUAACAAUAUGUGAUCUUGCAUUUCAGUUAUGCGAUUUUGGACUGGCUAGAUAUGUGACUGAUAUAUCAACUAAUUCUCCCUCUAUGGUUGGUUACUCUCAGUGCAUACUUUCUUUUAUAUUAAAAUACCGACAAAACUUCUUCUCUCUCUUGAUCAAUGUAUCACUUUGGUCCCGUGUAAUUGUCUCAGGCAAAAAGAGGAACACCUUGCUACAUGGCACCAGAACUCUUUCAAGAUGGUGGUGUUCAUUCCUACGCAUCUGAUUUCUGGGCACUGGGUUGUGUACUAUAUGAAUGCUAUACUGCAAGGCCUCCUUUUGAGGACAAGGAAUUCACUGAGUUAGUGAAGUCUAUACUUUCUGAUCCAGUCCCUCCCCUUUCUGGUAAUCCGAGUAGCUUUUUCUCAGAUUUAAUUGAUUGUCUUUUACAAAAGGAUCCAGCAGAAAGGAUCAAGUGGCCUGAACUUUGUAGGCAUAGAUUUUGGAGGAGAAAAUUCACGCCAAUUCCAUUACCUCCUCAGCCUGCCUUUGAUGAGAUGCUUCAAAUUUCUGCCGGAUUAUUUCUUUCUGAACGCAAUGGAAAUAGGCCUGUUCAACAGAAAACACCAUCAAAGCACGUUGAGAAAGAUCCGAAUGUUCAGAAGAAGGAUGGAAAUUCUGGUUUGCACACUAAAGGUUCAGUUACUCCUAUUAAGAACGCACAUUCCCGCCGGGCACUUCAUUCAAAGACCUCUGGGAGAGUUGAUGACAAGCAGAGAGGCUUUCCGAAUGCUACUGGCGUGAAUCUUCUUAGGCUGUCAAGGAUGGCAAAGUUAAACCUCCAGAGGGACAACGAAAAGGAAAACUAUAGACGUCCUUUGGCAAUAAACUCUGAGAAUGAUGCUGAAGUAAAGAUGGAGAACAAUGACAUGGAACUAGAUUUUGGUGAGGUCCAAGAAGAUGAUACUUCUGAUGAAGUGGAUGCACCUGCGACCACUAAUGCAGAGCCUCCUUCUAUCCCAAAUGGGGUUAUUGAUAGAAAUGAAAUCCCUGAGCAGAAUACAAAAUUAGCAGAUACCAAUGUUGAGGGCGACUCAGCUGUAUUUGAUGGUGACAAAAUGCUCGAACAGACCAUGUGCUCAGAGAAUCGUGAGGGGACUGCAACCCCAAUGAGUAAUUGUGUACCAAGCAAAGCCCAGCAAUCUAAACCUGCAUCAGAGUGUGCAACUGAUUUUUGUGCAGCAAGUUCAUCUGAUGAUCUGUCACAGGUUUUUUGGCAUUCAUCUGAUCUCUCCGUCAGGCCAAUUAUGCCCAACAGGAAAGCUGAUAAAACGUCAGAAUCAAUGCCCAUGCUCCCAUUUGAAGCACUUCCGGCGAGUGAUUUUGCCAAGCUAUCCUCUGAAAAACUGGAUUCAUACAGCAAUCAGCUAAUUCAGUGUUUGAAUGGCAAUGCGCAAGUUUCAGAAAAGCAGAACGUCAUUAAAUACAUAGAAAUAUUGGGUGGAAAUACAGACGCGGCUAAUAUAAUAACGAAUGGACCUGUUAUGCUAUUGCUUGUCAAGAUGCUCAGGUUGCCAAAGGCUUCUGCUUUGAGAGUGCAACUUGCAUCUGCGAUUGGCUCAAUGAUACGACACUCAACAUUGAUUCAAACGGAUUUAGCAGCUUCUGGAAUCAUUGCUGCGUUGACCAAUGGUCUAAGGGAUAAACAGGAUAAAGUUAGGAGAUUUUCUAUGGCUGCCUUGGGUGAGUUGUUAUUCUACAUUUCUACUCUGAAUGAUCAAAAUAAGGAUCUCGGUGCCCUCGAAUCUCCAUCGAAGGAUAAUCGUUCCAUCCCUGGCUGGCAGGUUAGAUUUCUCGUUCCUCUACCUUUAUUAAACAAAGAUCGUCACUUUCAAAAAUCAGAUGAAGAUUGUGUGAUUCAUGGUUCUGUCAAAAGAGAAUAAUAUAACGAGUGUUUGUCAUUGUUAGUGUUUACCAGUAUUAAGGCUGUAAUAACUCUAACCACCAUUCCAAGGUUGAAGUACUUGUCAGAAUUUACUAUUUGAGGCGAGUGGUUGACGUCUUAUUUGGAAAUAUGUUUUGAUUAGAAGUUGAUAACUGUUAGAUUUGGCACCUUCAAAUAUUCCUUUUAAUUUGGAGGAAGAUUACCAUAUCCCAGCAUACGAUUUGUUUCUCUUUUUAGUAAUCACUCUGUCGCCUAUGUGGAUGGAAAAACAUCUUCAGUGCUAUUUGUUUGAAACAGUGCUUCACAUCCUAGACAGGAGGGAAAAGGAGUUACACCUUAGUUCAAGUUUUUAAUUGUCGAUCUGCUCAUUGUGAAUUGACUUAUAUAGUUGGGGUUUUACCACUUGCUUUAAAAUCUAGAUUCCAUGACCAUGCCUUUAUUUAACUGCAGGUCUCUAGUUCUGUGAUUUCUUUGGUAUCGUCGCUAUUGCGCAGGGGUGAAGAUGAUCUCACCCAACUCUAUGCUUUAAGAACUAUUGAGAAUAUUUGUAGUCAGGGUGGUGAUUGGGCAUGUCGUUUUACAAGCCAGGAUACCAUCGGAAAUAUCUGCUACAUAUAUAAAGCAAUAGGGAAACAGGAGAGCACAAAACUGACUGCUGGCUCUUGUUUGGUUCGAUUGGCACGUUUCAACCCCCAAAGCAUACCGUUGAUUUUUGAGAGGCUUUCUUUCAAGGAGACGGCAUCAACUAUUAUUAAGGGCAGUCCGCGUGAACAGCAGAUCAGCUUAAAUCUUCUUAACAUGGCCAUGCUUGGAAGCCAUUUAUUGGCAAACAUGGGCCGCCAUCUCAUUUCAUUGGUGGAGGAAAAACUUCUUGCUCCAGGUCUUGUAUCUCUUAUCGAGCAAGGAACUGAAAUAUUACGCGGAAAAGCACUUAUUUUUGUGGCCCUCCUUUGUAAGAAUAGCCGUAGAUGGCUGCCUCCUUUCUUUUGCAAUGUAAAAAUGUUACCUGUGGUUGAUAGGUUGGCUAAAGAGAAGGAUGGGUUUGUACAAAAAUGUGUGGAUGCGUUCUUACUGUUAAUAUCCUGUACUGUGCCUGAGAUUCUGGCAAAUGUGUCUGUGGAUAUUCAACAGAUGAUUGGUGGCAAACGUCAUGGGCAGGUGACUUCUCUCACUUCACGAAGCAACUCAAAAAGCACUUCUCAUCUCUUUCUGGUCGUUCUUCAUCUUCUUGGAAGCUCUUCUUUCAAGCGGAGGGUUGUGAAUUGUCAAGUCUUAAUCCCCUUGGCAAAUCUCACCAAGCUUAUGGAAUUACCUUUCCAGGUAAAUAUUUAUCUGAUUAUUUAGUCCCCUUGCCCUUUUAAGAUAAUACUUUUACAUAAUUUAGUGAUCGUUGUGGCACACUUCCUUUUUCUAUUUUAGAGCCCAAAUACUAUUUUGAUUAAUAUUUCUACUUCUAUUGAACUGCAGGGUAGAGAUGAUUUCCAGACAACACUCCUUCGAAUACUUGAAUCCAUUUCAGAGGAGGCUUCUAUCAUUCAGAAUGAAUCGAAAAUCUUUAUCAGCCAAAUUCUCCCAAGUCUGUUCGUCCUAUACAGGGGCAAUAAAGAUGGUGAUGCAAGAUUUUUGUGUCUUAAAAUAUUGUUUGAUGUGAUGGUUAUUUUCCUAAGCGAAAUGGUCGACCCAUUGACCGGAGAUUGUGAAAUAAUGAAAGAUAUUAAAUCACUGACAGACGCCUGCUUUCUUCCCCUGUAUCCCGUGAUGAUUGAGGACGAAGAUCCCAUUCCUAUGUACGCGCAGAAGCUUCUAGUAAUGCUCAUUGAAUUCAAGUACGUGAAGAUUUCAGAUAUCCUGGAUGUGAGGACGGUGUCACAAUGCUUUGCGUUUCUUCUAUGUGAUCUUUCCGAUGCAAAUGUAAACAAUGUGAAGCUCUGUCUGGCUAUGGCAUCUGCUCCUGAAAUGGAAACAAAGAUACUCUCUCAACUAAGAGUGGUCAGGAAAAUUGGAAACCUCCUCGAGUUUGUCAAUGCGAAGGCAAUGGAAGAUUUCUUGAUGCCAACCUUAGCUCUGUGCAAGGCAUUCAUUUUUCAUGGAAUAGGUAACAAGAGAGCCCUUGCCUACUCCAGUGAGCCAGCACUUCUAGCCAAUGCCGCCAUGGACUUUGAUGUGGUAGAUCCGCAUUACUACAUAAAGGACAUCACCGACCUAUCUAGCAAUGUCGGUGUUUUUCUGGAGUUGAUUGGGGAUCCUGAUCAGCAGGUUGCAGAUUUGGCAUCAGAGUGCAUGGUUUUGUUGCUCAAAAUUGUACCAAAGGAGGCUACGAUGGGACUCUUGACGAACCUCCCUAGAAUAAACCAUGUCCUGGACCGUCAGCUUGACGGUGUUUCCAGCUUAUUGGUGUUGCGGGUUCUAUAUUCUCUGGUAUUUUCCUGCAGACACUAUCUAUCUCAGGCAUUGAUAUUGUCACUGCCCCAGGCUGAUAUCAUGAGAAUCGAAGCCACUGCUUCCAGCCUCAAGAGCUCCUCCCUGUCUGGUAUAGCGACUGCUGCUGCCAGUCUAGUUCAAGAACUGCAGAGGCUACCUCGGUGCAUUUGA